AUGGCUUCCGACAGCAACCGGAAGGCUCCCUGCGGCAAGCCUCAGUUCCUCAAGGUGCUCUUCACGGACUUCAUGGAGAAGAUGCCGAUCCCGGCCAAGUUCAUGCGGCGGCACCUGGCAGCGGAGCCCGGGCUUCGGCGGGCCACCCUGAUGAGCCCGUUGGGCAAAUUCUGGCAUGUCGACGUGGUCCGAGACGGCCACGGCGACGACAGCGACGUCUACUUCGCCGGCGGCUGGGCCGAGUUCGUGAGGGCCAACAGGCUGGAGGAGGAGAACUUCCUGGUGUUCAAGUACGAAGGGAACAUGGUGUUCACCGUGAAGGUGUUCGAGACGUCCGGGUGCAUCAAGAACUACGACGACCUUGUCGUCGCCGGCGCAUUGUUAGAGCAGGCAGCACCGAGGAAGCGGUCCAGCACUGGCUGUGGAUCGCAGCCUACCUCCAAGGGCCAUGGUGGUACACAUGCUCAGAAAACCAGGAAGGUCAGUGACAGGAGCCUUACCGGUGAUGGUGCCAUACAGGCAAAGAAGCAGUACAAACCUCGCAGGAUUCUGAUGGAAGAAAAUGAUGGCGAGCAAGAUGCCACCACAGAGAAGUACGCCCAAGCGGACACCCACUCCGGCAUCGCAACGGAGGCCAAGGAGUCUGACUACACCGGCACCCUCCCUUUCUACGCCAAGACGGCGACUCCUUGCAACAUUCGCUACAGCUACAUGGCAAGUUCUUUAGCUGGUUCAAAAUCAAAUCUAUACUCUCUAGUUCAGAUAGAUAUGCACUGUGAACUUAUAAAGUUCUGUGUCAUGAACGGCAUCGCGACGAACCGGCUGAUGAUACUCAAGGACUCGGGCGGGAGGUCGUGGCCCGUGAAGCUGACGCUGACGAGCGACCAGGCGCGCAUGAAGGCCGGGUGGGGCCACUUCUCCGGCCACCACGGGAUCAAGGUCGGGGACCUCUGUGUCUUCCACCUCGUCGACGAGCACACCUUCAACGUCAGCAUAAGGAGGGCCGAGUAAUAAUGAA